CAUUUGGAUUUAUGUGAACAUAUGAAAGUUCUUGAAUAUUUUGACGUGCUUGAAGAUUUGGUCAAUGUGUCUGAAGAUUUGGAAGUGCGUGAAGAUCUUGACGUGCUUCCUUUGGACUCCUGA